AUGGCCAUGGAGGAUGCAGUGAUGGAAGAACCUGAGGACCCUGCGAGCUUCGCAGAUCUCUCGGUGAUCUUUGCCGUUUGUGCUGGAAAAGCUGGACGCUGUGGCAUUGCCUAUGUGGAUUUGGAAGAUGCAGAGCGGGUGCUAUGUGUGGCGGACGUGAUGGAUCCCGACUUUACUCAGUUGGAGCGUCUGAAGCAGCAGAUCCUGGGCCAGCGGCACUUGGGCGCCGUGUCGGCACCACGGCAGGGGCUGUGCGUGUUGCCCUCGCGGUCGCCGGCGGAGUUGGUGGAGACGGCGGCACGGCCCCUGACUCAGGAUGAUGAUGGGAACGAGCCCUUCCCCACUACCUUGCUGAAGGCUGGCGAUUUUGCUGUGGAAGGAGCAAAGCCGCGACUGGCGCAGCUGUGGGCAAAGCUUGACCAGGAUUUGCCAUGCACAACCCCUCGCAGCAGUCCGCUGGCAGCUUUGGAUGGAAAUGAGCAGUUGCUUCGUGCGGCUGGCGGUCUAUUGCGCUUCCUUGAGCAGAAUGCGACUCUGCUGGGGGAUUUGCAGGGCCGAUGGCAAGGGCCGUGUGUCCAGGACAUUCGCAUUUUCUCACCGGAUGAUGCUGUGUUUGUCGAUACCCAGACCAUGAUCGCGCUUCAGAUUUUCCAGGAGCAGCACAACCUGUUGAUGAGGGCCAGCAAUAGGCCUUCUGAAGGCCUCUCGUUGUGGAGCCUCCUGGAGCCCCUGGUGGCCUCCCCGUCGGGUGCCAAGCAGCUGAGACGUUGGUUGCAACAGCCCAGCCGCCAGGUGGAGCUGCUGCAGCAGCGGCACAGUGCCGUGGAGCAGCUGAUCUCGUUGCUGCAGGGCGCCGGGGCCGAGCUGGUUCGCCAGCUUCACCGCGAGCUCCGAAUGAUGCAGGACCUCCCACGGCUACUGGCGCGCAUGUUACAAUUUCGAUAA